AUUGACAGGGAGAGGUCUCCUUUGCGUUUACUCGUUAAUUGGCAGCAGUCUCAAACCCUGUUUUCGGACUAAAACCCAGAAUAAGAGCGCUUGGAUUAAAAGUGUGUAAAUAACCGUUCACGGUUGGAUUUAGCAGUUAACAAAGUUUUUGGACGGCUCGUAAAUACAGUAUCAUGCCGCCGUGCUUAACAAGCUACUUUCCUACACCAUCCCUGUUAUAUUGAAGCAAAUAUACAAUAAGCAGUACAGACACACUUAAGGUGCUCCCUGUGUGCAAAGGAUGACAACCUCCCAUCUGAAUGGCCAUGUUGCUGGGGAGGGCGGAGGAGGAGGAGAGGAAGAGUUCAGGGGGGGACAGCAGCACCGAGAAAUGGCAGUCGACUGUCCUGGAGAGCUCGGGAGUCGAACACUGUCCGUCCGACGGUCUGCACAGCUUGAGAGAAUACGACAACACCAGGAAGAUCUUCGUCGUCGUAAAGAGGAGGAGGGUCGUCAGCUGGACCUGAAUGCAUCGCUCAGACUCAGGAAGCUGUCCCAGACUCCCCAUGUUGGAAUUGACAACCCCACAUUCCUACAGGACUGGCAUGGCCCUCAACAGCCACCGCUUGCCAGCCAAGACUCUCAGACAUUGCUGGAGCUGGAGGAGUUGUUGCUGUCCUUAAAACAGGUCCGAGGCUGUCUGCCUGACCAGCAGAGUCAGAAUGACAUUGAGAUGGUUCUUGCACUAAUAAAUAAGUCUGAUUUCCAGUCGGCACUGAAGAUCCAUAAUGCAGUGGCCAGCAGCAUGCACCGACCCUCUCCUCCAUUCCCACACACACACCAGGCACUUCAGCUGUCAAUGGAGGUCCGGAAUCUCGUCCAGUCCACUCAGAACAAAGAGGGACUUGAACUUCACAGCCUGCUGUCAGACACACAUGUCCAGGCGUUGCUCCUGGCCCAUGACAGCAUAGCAGAGAGGGGGAUGGAGCCCAAACCAAUGCCUACUCAAGGAGAAACUCUGACCCAGUGGGAAGGCGAGACAGUCAAGAUAGUUCGCAUAGAGAAAGCCCGGGAUAUACCACUGGGAGCAACUGUUCGAAAUGAAAUGGACAGUGUUAUUAUCAGCCGGAUUGUUCGAGGUGGUGCGGCGGAAAGGAGCGGACUUUUAUCAGAGGGCGAUGAAAUCUUGGAAAUUAAUGGCAUAGAGAUUAGAGGGAAAGAUGUCAACCAAGUCUUUGAUAUUCUUGCGGACAUGCACGGUCUCCUGACAUUCGUAUUGAUUCCCAGCACUCAGAGUAAACCUCCUCUUGUCAAAGAAUCCGUGGUUCACGUGAAAGCUCAUUUUGACUACGACCCAUCAGACGACCCUUAUGUGCCAUGCAGAGAGCUUGGCUUGUCUUUCCAGAAAGGAGAUAUUCUGCACAUUAUCAGUCAAUCUGACCCCAACUGGUGGCAGGCUUACAGGGAUGGAGACGAGGACAACCAACCACUAGCUGGACUGGUGCCAGGGACGAGUUUCCAGCAGCAGAGAGAAGCCAUGAAGCGGACUAUCGAAGAAGACGAGCCUGAGAAGCCUGGGAAGCUGUGGUGUGCAAAAAAGAAUAAGAGGAAGAGGAAGAAGCUGCUGUUCAGUCCUCACAGGAAUGACGAUAUCGAAAGUGAGGAGGUUCUCACCUAUGAGGAAAUGGCUUUGUAUCACCAGCCAGCCAACAGGAAGCGACCGAUAGCCCUGAUUGGUCCGACUGGCUGUGGGCAGGCGGAGCUCCGGCAGAGACUAAUCCACAACCAGCCAGAGCGGUUUGCUGGAGCGGUUCCUCACACCACGCGCAACCGUCGAGACGGCGAGCUGAGUGGCCAAGAUUAUCACUUUGUGUCCCGUCAGACCUUUGAGGCAGAACUGACAGCCGGAAAGCUGAUUGAGUCUGGGGAGUUUGAGAAGAACUUGUACGGGACAAGUAUAGACUCUGUGCGACAGGUUAUCAACACUGGAAAAAUCUGUGUGCUCUGCCUUCACACGCAGACUUUAAAGGUGCUGAGGAGCUCCGACCUGAAGCCUUACAUCAUCUUCAUAGCCCCGCCCUCCCAGGAAAGACUGCGAGCCCUGUUGGCUAAAGAGAACAAGAAUCCCAAGCCGGAGGAGCUGCGUGACAUCAUCGAGAAAGCCCGGGAAAUGGAACAGAUCUGCGGACAUCUGUUCGACGCCGUCAUCGUUAACAUGGACCAUGAUAAAGCCUAUAACGAGCUGCUACGACUCAUCAACAAACUGGACACUGAACCACAGUGGGUGCCCAGCUCCUGGCUGCGCUGAGAACAUGCCCACAGCACGCGGUGUAGAGACUUAACGCCAACACCGAACCCGCCGCAGACUCAGCUACACACACAGCCAUUGUUACACUGCAUCAUGUAUUAACCAGGUGGCACUGAGGAAAUAAACAAACUGUGAAAAAGCAGCAACUCUGAGCAAAUGCUCAACUGAUCCUGAAUCAGAUUGGCAACAUUUAAUUUGUGGGGUUUCUGUCUGAGACCAAAACAUGGAGCUGAACAACUGUUAUGCACGUUUGUUUGUUUCCUCUGCUGUUCUGAGAAACGCAGUGUGCAAAUCUGACAACCCGUCAUCAUUUCAACAAACAUGAUU